UAGUCUACCAGCUGAUCUGGGAACGGCCAGCACUGGGCGUCAUUAGAAGGUGGAAGGAUAAACUGUGUCAAGGUAAAGGCGAAUAAAGACACCGAUUUUACAAGUUUGCUUUGUUUUAUUCGUUGGGUUUGUUUUAUUAUUAAAAACCAGAUCCGUGUUUAAUGGAGCUGCAGUAAAAAGGACCGACAGCAGAAAGAAGAAGAAGAAGCAGCGGAUAUCCUAAGAGACGACGGAAGGAAUAAUAACUUUUCUUUGGAGCAAACUGAGCUGAGAGCGAAGAUGGCAUCAGUGAGUGACCCCCGGCAGCAGACACAGGUGCAGAAGGAUGCAGCUGACCAGAACUUUGACUAUAUGUUUAAGCUACUUAUCAUUGGUAACAGCAGCGUAGGAAAGACCAGCUUCCUGUUCCGCUACGCAGAUGACUCCUUCACCUCAGCGUUCGUCAGCACCGUCGGCAUCGACUUCAAAGUCAAAACUGUGUACCGCAAUGAGAAACGCAUCAAACUCCAGAUCUGGGACACUGCAGGUCAGGAGCGAUAUCGCACCAUCACCACGGCCUACUACAGAGGAGCCAUGGGCUUCCUGCUUAUGUACGACAUCACCAACCAGGAGUCUUUCUACGCUGUACAGGACUGGGCAACUCAGAUUAAGACAUACUCUUGGGACAAUGCUCAAGUUAUCCUGGUUGGAAAUAAGUGUGACCUGGAGGAUGAAAGACUGGUGGCCACAGAAGAUGGACAGAGACUAGCUAAUGAAUUAGGGUUCCAGUUCUUUGAGGCGAGUGCAAAAGACAACAUCAAUGUAAAGCAGGUUUUCGAGCGGCUUGUUGACAUCAUCUGCGACAAGAUGAACGAGAGCAUGGACGGACAGCCAAGCCCGCUGGCCAAUCACAAAGGACCCAGCCUAGAGGACACUCCCCCUACCAGCCAAAAUGGCUGCUCAUGUUAAUAAAUGCUCUCAGACACACACACACACAUACACAUUUGCACAUAUAUAACAUGCACACAUGCCUAGCCCAACACAGCCAGAUCCUACUGAUACCAAUUAGUAGUAAUGCAACAAAGAGUACAGUGUAUGUGUAUAGUACAUGUGUACACACACACACACACACACACACACACACACACUGGUAUCGACCUGUCACAGUGGUUCUCAACUGGAUUUACCUCAGGUCCAAUAUUUGUCCUUUUUCAUUAAGUCCUGACCCAAAUACAACCUUUUAAGCCUUUUAAAUUUAUUUCACACAACGAAUACUGCAGUAAAAGUCUGCACUCCU